AAAUGAAAAGGCUGCUGGAGAGAAGUCUGCACACCAAGAUAAGGAGACUGAGUUUUGGAGUGGGGAUGAAUGUGAAUAAGUAGAACCUACUGAGGCAGGAUUUUGUUCAGAAGUGAGGCAACCACGGAGCAGGACUGUUCAUCAUGUCGACAACAACCAAGCACAAAGUAUGGCUUGUGUUACUGGUCAUAGGGAUUGCCACAAGUGCCCCUCUCAAUGAUGAGAGGAUUUACUUUCCCGGUGAAAGCCAGGAAUUGGAACCCCGAGGCUAUGGGUUACAACCUAACAUGCUGCCAAGCCAGGAACAUCAAUCAUAUCGAGGUGUAGGUCAGGAUGUAAGUGAAGAGCAGGCAUGGCCCCAGAACAACAACCCUCAAACACCGGUUCUUGAAAGUGGCUACCAAGGGCGCCCAGAAUUGCCUGCCUAUCAAGAGCAGAAUGGUUAUGGAGCUGGAUACAGUGGACAGCCUCAAAGGACACUGCCAUAUGCCCCAGUCAACUGGGGGACAGACUCUCAACAAGGUAACAUAGAAAAGUCUCAUCACAUGUCAUCAUAUAGCGCAUCCAGUUUCCAGCACUCUGCAGAGUCUCCAGGAGCAUAUGUGCCAAAUGGGCCUAGCCCCCUUCAAGGUGCAUCUUACUCCAGCAUUACAAACAACGGCAUACAUCAUGGUGUACAUCAUGGAGGUCAGAAAGUGACGAAGCACACAUGGACAUCCCAGCACUUGGCAUCCGGAUCAGGUGAGCUGCAGCAUGGUCCACAGUACAUAGUUCAUCAAGAGGCAGACAAUCAGGGGCAAGAUCAAAGAGGGCUCGAGCACAGCUUCAGCUCAGUUGCACAUCAGGCACACAGCACCAACGAUUUAUCAUCAAUCAUUGGUGGACCAACACAACAAGGCCACGAAUUGCACCCAACAAUCCAGCAAGCACUUGGUAAUGUAAUUGGGCAUUCUUCAGGAAAAGUAAUGUCACAGCCAUCACAACACACAGUUCACAAAAUUUCUCACAUGAAAAAGACAUCAAUUCAAAAUGUGGGCCAAGAGCCCGUUCUCAUUCAAUCAACUUCGUCAAAUGAUGAUAUCAGUCUUUCUCAUCUGAUAGAGGAGCUGAAAAUGCUUGAGAACUCACCAAGGCAUAUUAACAUAACAUGGUGCGAGGAGAAGAUAAAAGAGUUCCUUCAAUCACUUAGACGUAAGCAAGCAAGCGGAGUUUUCAUCAAUCAACAAGUACAAGAGGAAACCCUCCAUCAAAUUUUGACCCAUGAGGGAGUUCAGAAUACUGACAGUAGUGGAGGAGUUAAUGAGCCAGUUGUGACCAAGGUGACUGUGAGGCCACUGGGAAGGGAGGACAUGACAAAAUCGCAAGUUGAGUCAGAAACAUUUGCACAUCAUCAGGAAAGUCACAUAGACAGGAAUGAUGUUGAGGCACCACAUCCACCAACUGACCAAAUUCAGGAAGAAAGCAAAAGCAACACAGACACUGAAGUUAUUACAAUAAUUCCACACGCUAACGAGCAGCGACCAGAAAUAAUGGCACAUCAGCAUGAAUUCGGGAAUCAAUCACCUCCACUUACAUCUGACAACACCAAAGACCUCCAAGAGUUAGAUCUUGAUUUGCCUGAGUACGUUCCAUUUGAACAUGCUCUUUCGGGAGAUAUACAAGCGGCUGCAGGCAACUUUCACAAGGAGACCAGACCAUUUCCAAAACCAGUAGAGGGGGAGACAUCCGAAGGUCAUCUAGUUGCAACAGAAACUCAGCAUCAGCAGGAGGCCUCAUCCUCAGAAACACAUCAAGAAAACGAGGAUAGAGUAACACAAGAACUGAAGGACAUGUCCAAUCAUCAGAUUGACUCUGAAACAUCUCACGAUGGAAAAAUGAUAUCUGAACAGAAGAAAGAACAAAUAGAAGAAGGGUCAUCAAACCAUGCUGAAUCAAAUUAUCUUGGGGGAAAAGUAAACUAUGAACAACUUCAGAACACAAGUCAACAUCAUAACAUUCAAGGGAGACCCCAAGCACCUGAGGGAGAAUUAGAAGGUACAGCUGAGAAAAGCCAGGAAGAAAAUAUAAUGCACUCAGGACAGUCUUCUGGAUCAGUUGGAAGUUCUGCAACAAUAGAUGAAGCUGGAAAUGGAUUUGUUUUGAACUCAUCAGCAGGGGGACAUUACACUCAAACACAUCAGUCAACGACCAUUCAAACCCUUCACAAACAACAAAUUAACUAUGACACACUGAUAGAAGAACUUAUUCAACUUGAAAGCAUUCCUGGUCAUCAAGCAAUAGAUAAGUGUGAAGAGAAGAUUCAAGAGUUUUUGGAAAUUCUCAAAUACCAGCAAGAGCAAGGUUUUGGACGAAACCAACAAGAGCUACAAAGACUUCAUCAGACUCUGAUUGAACAAGCCGAAGAGAGAAGCAAGCAGUUGGCAAACCCUGAAGCAACUACGUUGGCGCCAACAUCAUUCUGGAGGAGAGUGCAGAAAAAAAUUAAAACUACAUACGACAGUGCAAAAGAUAAGGCCAAGGAGGUAAUUGGUUGAAAACUUGUCAUAAAGGGUGUUCGAAAAAGCAGGAAGAAUGAAGCUGUACAGAAAUUCAAAAAUGGGAAUAAAUGAAAUAGUAGUCCAUAAAA